AUGGACAUGAUUAAUAAAUGGCGUGUAAGGAACGAACCGGACCUGGAUUCGAUGAUCGAAGAUACAGAAGGAAAGUUAAAGGAACUGACUGAGAUUUUACAACAACUUCUAACAAAAUCGAGUGGGAGCGGAGGCGUUAACUACACUGGGAAAGGAACAUGGACUUGCGAAUAUGGAAUAGAUAAAAAAAUGGGGUUGAAAACGAACAAUUUCAUGAUGCUAGGUCGUAAAAUCAUCAGUUUAGCGGAACAAAGUGAAAUUUUGCAACAAUACACAACGCUAAACAAGGAUUUCACAAAACGACUAAGGGACGAAAAUCGAUUUACAGACGAAGAGGGGAUAGGAGAAAAAAGGCCAAAGGAUGCGGAGAAUCCCUUGACUCCGUCAGAAAGCUCGAGGCAAAAACUAUUGAAAUUGAUUGAUGAGGCUAGAGCAGGGAAGGCUCAGAAGAAAAGCGAUGAAGAAUGA